UUUUUUGGUUUUCGAACGUGUGUACGUUGUGCACGAUGUGUAUCACACGCAGAGUAAAACGUAAAUUCUACGUUCGUGUUUUAAAUAAUUAAUUUCGAUAGUGCUGUUUUAGUGCGAAACUGUUUUGUCAUCGGAUUUCGUAAGAAUUCCUAAAACAAGGAUGUCAGACGGUCGUACGCAAGACUUGAGAUCGAAAAAACGCAAAAUAAUCAACAUGGACAUGCAGCAGAUCGUAACAGAUGGCGACCACGAGUGGAACAACUUCUUCCAAAACGCUUUACAGGCCGACCCAAAACUAGAAUACAAAGAGAACAAUCCGUGCUUCAGCUACUCCGAAAACGGUGUAGACUUCGAAGUGACCAAACACGAACAAGAACGUUACUUCGCCUUUUUAUCGAAGAUCCAGGAGGUCUACGCCAAACUGAACUACUGGCCGAGUCCUAAACAGAAAAUGCUCGUGUUGGCAAUAUCCGCUCAUAUUUCACAAAAUGAAAAGAACUUCUUGCAAAUGAGCACCACUGGCAUCUACAAGACCCUCAUACAGAUGGCGGAGGUGUCCGAACCCGCCACCGAUUGUCUAGUGAAAGUCCGAUAUAUGGAUAUGUUAUGCUCGUUUUUUGAGCAUAAUGCCGGCUUGAGAUGGUCCUUGGAGAACAACCAUUGGACUCAGAUUUACGAUUUGGUGCUCAACUGUCAGGGAAUGAGUAGCUGUGUGGCCGAGAGAGUGUACACGACCCUCUGCCAGUUUCUUCAAAAGACCUCUCGAGUAGCCCCAAAAGUCUGUCUGCACGUAAUCAAGCAGAUGAUCCAGACCCCCGUAGCAACCGCCCAUAAGCACCUGCCGAAAACCCGAAAAAACCCCAUAGAACUCAUAAAUAAUCAGGAAUUAACCGACUUGAUGCCGGCCAUGACUUGUUUGGUGGAAACUCUGGAACGACUACUGGCCAGUGCCGUGCCGGAAACACUAAAGUUUUUCCUAAAGUUGCAAGUGCGCGAGGCAUCGGACACUUUGGCCAUUUUGUCCAACGAUAGCGGGAUGUCGUUGCAGUUAAAUCGGGUUUUGAUCAUUCUGUCUUUCUAUGAGAUGACCGAGCUGUUCGAUGGUAUUAAAGUGGUGAACCACGAUCCGAUUGCGCUCAGCGGGUUCUUGAGGAUUAUCGAGAGGGAGUUGAGAAAGAGUCAUCUAGAAACCAUAUACGAACUAUACUACUACGCCCUCAAAUACUGGAAAAACGUCUGCCGGAAAAUGCCGCAGUACUUCCUAAAAGAAAAACCCAUCGACAUCGAAAACGAGUUAAUGUCCUUCCAGGUUGAACCCCUGGUUAUUAUUGGGGAAAAAAUUUUGGGAGUACCUCAAACCAGUGAGGAGGAAUUGAGGAAAUGCCACUUAUCCGAUCUGCUUAAUAUGUAUAGCCAGGAUUGUUUACAGUUAGGUUAUGAAAUAAGAGAGCAAAUCGUCAAAUGCCCUUUAUCAAUUGAAAUGAAAGCACUGAAAACUAUAAUCAAGUCGAAAUCGAUGUACUCCAGAAAAAAUAUGGCCAUAGUGUUCCAGUCGAUGAUCUAUUCCCUUAGGGACUUUAUAAAGUACCUGAAAAGAAUUUCGAUACAUGGCGCGAUAAAAAACGACGAUUUAUUAGCGGAUUCUUUACUGGAAGCGAUUUUGGUUUAUUUGGAAAAUUUCGAUUUAUCUUGGAGGGAGAGCAUCGGCAGUAUCGAGUUGGCCAAUCUUGUGUACGAGUUCUUGUAUUACUACACCAAUUGCUCUGCUGAGAUUACCCUAAAGGCCCUAAAGGCUCUAAACAUUACCAUAUCGAAACAUAUGAGCCCUAAUAUGGCCCUACUGGUCGACAAUAGUAAUACGUCGAUAAACGAUUUGGGUUCGAUGCUUUUCGAUAAGUGUUUCAAUUGCGAUCCGGAAGUACGGAAUGCCUCUUUGAUUGUUGUCUGUACCAUUUGCCAAAAGGUUAAUAAAGGAUUCUCCUCAUACAAAAUCAUCCUAGAAGAGUUUCUCACCCACGAUUUAAUCCUAACCAUGACACUAACCGACUCUGACCGAUCAGUGAAGGCCACCGCCCUAAAAUGCCUACAAGAGAUGAUCAAAAUGGAGGACAUAGGAGAAAAAAUCCUUGGUGGACACUUACUGGACAAAAUAUUGAAGCUGAUCUUAAAAGAGGAGGAACCCGUGAUCAUCCGAGAGGCGAUCACGCUGAUCACCCAAAUCUACAAAUCCGAAUGGAACACCAAAGAGGAUAAAUCGAAAAUGCACAAUGUGAUGGUAAAGGUGGCCCUCAGGGAGAAAACGCAGGACGUCCAGGAGCAAACGGUGACGUUUUGGGAACACGUCACCGUAAAACAUUUAGAAAAACAAGGCAUGGCGGACGGCGAGUUUCCCUCCGUAAUCUUCUCGAAGGAGCAUAAGAAAAUAAUCCGGAUGGACGAUAAAGAAAUUAGGAAGAGACUGUUCCAGGCUCUGGACGCGAUGAGCAAAUCGGGUUGUUUCGGGAUAUUUCAGCACUAUUUACAAGCGGAGGGUGUGCCGAAGAGCGUGUACAGUACCACCACCGGGAUAGUGGUGAAACUUUUGAGGUUAUUGAAGCAAUAUGAGGUAACCCCCGAGUUCAUCUUAUUCAACCAGACUUACCCGAACUUAUGGUCGAUUCCGAACAAUAUUUAUCAGUCGCCUUCGAUAAACGACGACGAGCACAUGCAAGAAAUUAUCGAAGAAACCGUCAUGGAAAUGAUUAAUGGGAGCAUGACACCCGUUUAUAAGAGUUUCCAUGGGGGCGAUAUGGGAGAAGCGACGUUAUCCGAGAGGAAUUCCGGGCAAGUCAGCACGGUGGACUUUAUGGAUUUUAUUUAUAAGAGGCUGCCUCAUCUUACUGAUUAAAUUUUCGUGUUUUUGACGA